AUGAAGCCAGAAACCUUAGUCAAGAAAAUAAUAGAAGCUAUUGAAACAGCUUCACCAACUACAAUAACUUAUAAUGGUAAAAAAAUCAACAUAACUAAAAAACUUAUUGAUAAAUACACAUAUUGUGAAGUCAGAGACGAUAUAGACUUAGAAAGAAUUGACACAAAUGCAAAAGAUGGUGGAUUUUUACCUUUCCUACCUUUGAUAUUUGCUGGUCUUUCCGCCUCUGGUGCUGUUGCUGGUGGUACAGCUGCUGGAGUACGUGCUGCCAAUGAAGAUAAAGCCGCUGCAGUAAAAGCUGCUGAAGAACAUAGACAUAAUUUAAUAAUGGAAAAGGAAGCAAAGAAAUUAGCUCUUGAAAAAAAAAAGGUUCAGGAGUGGCAAACAUAUUAA